AGCUGUAUAUGAAACCGUUACCGCCAUUUUUGCCCCUCCCAUUUUCAUGUCUUUGCUUCUUAAUUUUCUUCUUCUUUCUCAUCCAUUCUCCGCUCUUUCUCUUCAUCCACCCCUCAAGUUUUGAUUUUGAUUUAUCCUUUGUUUCCCUCCAACAAGUUGACUUCAUGGGUAUCUUCUUUUCUCGGAAUUUGACUUCCAAUUUUUUCCUACCGUUUCUUUUCUCCAAGAAAGUUUCUGGGGAUUUGUUCCCCAAGGAGCUCGAGCACAUGAUGUGCUUUGUUGCUCGCAGUGGCAGGCAUUUGCAACGUUAUGAUGAUGGCUGUCGCCAAGUUGUGGGGUGCAUUCCAUAUAGAUACAACGGAAACGGAACCCCAAAGAACGAAUUAGAGGUUCUUGUGAUUAGUGCUCAGAACGGCAAUGGAAUGCAGUUUCCUAAGGGAGGUUGGGAGAUAGAUGAAUCCAUGGAGGAAGCUGCUUUAAGGGAGACCAUAGAGGAAGCUGGGGUCACUGGCAACGUCGAAAGUAAAUUGGGUAAAUGGUUUUAUAAGAGCAAACGCCAAGACAUUGUCCACGAGGGAUAUAUGUUCCCUUUGCUUGUCAAGAAGCAGUUGGAGAAUUGGCCAGAGAAGAAUGUUAGAAAACGAAGAUGGAUGUCUGUUGGUGAAGCAAAGCAAGUGUGUCCACAUUCCUGGAUGAAUGAGGCUUUAGAUGUAUUGGUCAGUAGACAACCUCAAUCCUAGCCAGAAAUGAGGGACAUUAUUAGUAUGUCUGAAUACUGUCAUGUAUGCUGCAAAUGUACGUUUAAAUUCCAGAGGCUACUCUUUGUAGCUUACAAAUUACAUUUGUCCAAGGAGACUCAAUGCCAAACUAA